AUGAACAGUCCACUUGACCGUAUAGUUAUCGAGUGCUGCCUCAGCGAUGCCCGGUUCAACCCGGCCCAGAACAUAGAAAUGCCUCGUAUUCGCGCUGUUCCCACCACACAACCUCCGAGUCCGCUCACAGGUCGGAUCUCCGAGGUGACUCCCCUUCAAGAAGGAGAAUUUACGCAAGUGUACAGAGGCACGCUUCGUAUCCCCGGCUCUAAAGCCAUCGACGUCGUUAUCAAGACCGAUGCGUAUGCGGCGGUGGCAAGGCCAGCAGCGUUCAAACGCGAAAUCAAUGCCUAUGAACGAAAGCUCCACUCUUGGCAGGGAUACCUAAUCCCAAAUUGUUACGGGUUGUAUCAGGUUGAAGACGACGAUCAAGUUGUAUCGUUCCUCGUUCUCGAAUUUUCUGGGCUUCCCAUCGAUUUCAACGUUGAAUACCCUGAAGACCUCAAGGCGGAGAUCUUAAACAAGCUCAGUACUCUACAUCGUGCCGGGUUCUGCCACGGUGACCUCGAGGACUACAAUAUCGUCGUCGACGACGGCCAGGUUAUGUUCAUUGACCUUGAAGAUGUCGAGCCACACGAGUGUCAGGUAAAACAAGCCAUCAUCCCAGACGACCUUGUACCUGCUUCCGCUGAGUUUGGGUGCAAGGAGAUUUACCAUAUUGCAUAUAUGUUGAAGGUGUGGCAGAAACGUUUCGUCCAUUUCUACGGACACGACUUCAAUCUCUCAGAGAUCAAGCCUGGAGGGGCGGGACACUUGCUAAGGCGUGUUCGUUUCCGACUCCGUACCGAGAGCGAAUUUGAACGGGCUUACACGGAGGCCGAAAAACUGAUCCAGGAUCUCGAAGAGUGGCGAGAAUGGUACAAUACCAUUACAGACGAAGAAAGAAAAUACACGCUCUUUCCGGAGAGUGGUAGUGCCAGUGAACCCGAAGACUCAAGUUCAGGUUCAUCUGCAACGGAUAGUUCGAGCGAUUCAGAAUCGAGGACUUCGACUGCGAACGACACAUCUCAUGUGUCGUAG